CCUCCUCCUCCUCGUCAUCUAUUACUCUUUGAUUCCUCCUCCUCCUCCUCCUCCUAGUCGUCAUUUGUUAUUCUUUAGAUUUCUCGUCUUAGUCUUCCCCCUUCUCUCCACCACCACCACCACCACCACCACCACCACCACCACCACCUGUCCUCUCUACACAGUCCUGUCCUCUGUAACACUUUCCCCAUCAUCAUCCCCCCCUGUUCCUCCUCGCCCCACCCUCCCCCUCUCCUCUUCCCCUCCUCUGCCCCCACCCUGCUUGUCUCGGGCGCGCAGGUGCUGCCAUCUGCCGCCGCCUCGCCGCCCGCCACACACUCGCGUCGCCUGCUCGGGAUGUGAGGGCCGCUGCGGAAGGCUCCCGACCCCCGCUCAGUCUACCUCGCGUAUCCGAACACUGUCUCCGCCCUCCGUGCUAUCCGUAUCAGUAUCCUGAAGUAAAGGAAAAAAAAAUAAAAAAAAGAGAAGAGGGAAAAAAAUACGAAAACAGAAGAAAACAAGCAAAAGAAAGAGAGGAGAUGAGGAGGAGUUAUGAAUAAGGGGAAACGGGAAAGAUGAGGGGAAGGAGUGAGAGAAUAAUGAGGGGAGGGAGUGCAUAGUGAGAGUAGGGGUGGGUUGGGUGCUCCUCCCCUCUCUCUACCUCUCUUCUCUCUCUCCCUCACUCUCUCUUCUUCUCCCUCUCUUCCCCACAUCAUCACUGAUAUGCCUUACACUCCGUUUGUCUACGAUGUGUACGAUAAAAAUCGGUAUCAUUUGAGAAGUCAGUUUCCUUCAGCGAUGACCUGCCUGACCUCAGCACCCCCCCAAAGCAGCACGUCCCUGCAGCCGAGAAACAGCCUAUGAAGCCAGCGAUCAAGUGCUCCACCCUGCCCAGGAUGUCCUCCCAAGUCCCCCCCGCCCUCGCUUGGCUCUCCCCCCCGACCCGCAGACGCCAUCUUGCCCACCAUGUGUCGGCUCUUGCAGACUCCUUACGUGCAAAUAAUGGAGAGGCUCUCAGACCACUCAAGCCUGCCUCCACCCCCACUCCUCCUCCCACUACUACUACUACUACCACUACUACCUCUACCACCUCCCUCAAGCCACUGCCUCCGCCAAAACCUCCCAAUUUGAUGCUCACACGACCAUCUCUUUCACUUCAGAAUUCAACAGACCUGCGGCUCUCCCCUGAGGUGUACAACCAGCUGAGGGUGCUGCAGAAGAAGGCUAAGGAACUGCGCACUGACGUCAGGAACCUCUGCAAGACUUCCCAGGCCAAUGCUCUUACUAUGAAGGAGUUACUUAGGGACACUAUCAGCAAGAUUACGUCGGUGCUUCAGUCUAAUGAAGAGAGCUUACUGCAAGGCACCUCGGAUGCCGAGAGGGCGAGGAUACAGCGGGAGGAGGCAUCUUACCGGCAGGACAUGAACAAGCUGGACAAGGACCUCUGUGACCUGGAGUUGAAAGUGGAGGAACUGCGGAACAACGUAAUCAACCGGCGACUCCGUGUCAACAUGUCAGAUGUGAAAAACAUGGCACUUAUCCUUUCUAGGUCAAGGUGAGGCAGUGGAGGGGUGGACUGGGAGAGGGGUAGGAAGUAAGGAAGUGAGUAGGGAAGAGUGAUAAACAAGUUGAAGGGUGGAUGGGUGGACUGGGAGAGGGGUAGGAAGUAAGGAAGUGAGUAGGGAAGAGUGAUAAACAAGUGGAGGGGUGGAGGGGUGGACUGGGAGAGGGGUAAGAAGUGAGGAAGUAAGAAGAAAAGCCUGAUAAAUAAAUGGAGUGGUUGAGAGAUGGAUAGAUAGGGAUGUGGGAUGGAAAUGGAAAAGAUUAAUAGAUAAAUGGAUAGGUUGAUAUACUGUAGAUAGAUAAGUGGACAGGUUGAUAAGUAGACAGGUAGAUGGGCUCAAAUUUCCUUAGAUUAACCUGUGAAUGUCUGUAGAUGAAGAUAAAAUUAUUAUUAUUAUUAGUAGUAGUAGUAGUAGUAGUAGUAGUAAUAGUAAGGAGGAGGCAGUAGACACCUGCCGAAACAAUAAUUACUCCCAGUGAGGUCUAAAGCACUGUUCAGUGGGUGCUGUGAACUUACCAUUAAACCCAGCUGUGACCUCACUGAACGUUUCCCUUUGUGUCUCACAACACAAGGGGGCAGUCACAGCCUGCCCUCUAAAGACAACUCUCUUCCUCCACACAAAACUACAAGCACCUAAUAACACACACACCCUUCACUCAAAAAUUUU